AUGCCGUUGCUGCACCAGCCUGCUGAGCUGAUCAAUUCCCUACGGGAGCAAAACCCCCUCGUUAUGUGCAUCCAGAACUACGUCGCCAUGGACUUCUCCGCUAACGUCUUGCUCGCGGCUGGGGCAUCUCCUGCCAUGGUCAAUGCUGUAGAAGAAGCUGAGGGGUUUACCAAGAUCUCUUCCGCUCUCUCGAUAAACGUGGGCACUGCGCUGACGCCGCACUGGAUCAAGGCGAUGGAGCUCGCAGCGUCCACCGCCCAUGACUGCGGGAAGCCCUGGGUCCUUGAUCCUGUUGGCUGUGGGGCAACAGCACAUCGCAACGAGCAGUGUGCCAUGCUCAUGGAACGGCGGCCUACGGUCGUCCGUGGCAACGCCUCCGAGAUCAUGGCUCUGGCGAACGCUUGCAAGGUGGAAGUAGUGGGUGGGGGCAGCGCUGGGGGCGGGAAGGGAGUUGACAGCACCGCGGGGUCGGAGGAGGCCCUUCCUGCGGGGAUAGCCCUGGCGAAGCGCUUCAAGUGCGUGAUUGCCAUAUCCGGAGCUGUCGACAUCAUCACAGACGGGUCUACCAAGGUGCUGAUACGCAACGGCCAGGAGAUCUUGACCAAGAUCACAGCAGCUGGCUGCUCUCUGAGCACGCUAUGCGCUGCCUACUGUGCAGUUUGCAACUCGGCCCUGGACGCGGUCACAGCUGCCUUCUUGCACUUCUGCAUCGCUUCAGAUAUGACGGCGGAAAUGGUGGAGGUGAAGGGUCCAGGUACCCAUAGGGUGCAUUUGAUCGACAAUUUGUACAACCUUAGCUCUGCAGCACUCGCCGAUCGGGCAAAAUUUGAAGUUCAUGAACUUUAAACAGUACUGCUAUGAUACAAGAAGAUUGCUUUUGCAAGGAGUAAAGGGAAACAUGUUU